AUGUAUGAUAUUAUACAUGCAUUCUCAACAAUACAUCUAUUUAACACCUGGAGGCGCAAUUCGCCGCUGAAGAGAACAGCCGCUCAUUACGCUUCCUGCGCUGGGGCGGGCGCGAUCCAUAUCGUUUGGAGCGAGAUUGAACCGCCGUCGGAGAGGUUGAGAACGGAUCUCGACAGGGCCGUGAGGUCGAAGUCGUGGAGAGCUGAUAUCCGGGUCGAGAUUAGGGAGAACGGCGGCGGCGGUGGGGGGAGCGGCAGGUUUAAGCCGAUUGAUGGAGUUAGAACGGACGCGAUUUUCUCUGUGGAUGAUGGCGUGAUUGUGCCGUGUUCGUCUCUGGAAUUCGCUUUCUCGGUGUGGAAGACUGCUCCCCUGACCAUGGUUGGAUUUGUUCCGCGCAUGCAUUGGCUGGAUUUAGACCUUCUGAAGAGUGGUGGUGUGUAUCAUAGAUAUGGAGGAUGGCUGUCAGUUUGGUGGAUGGGAAGCUACAGUAUGGUUCUGUCCAAGGCUGCAUUCUUUCAUAAGAAGUACUUGGAUUUGUAUACUAAUGAAAUGCCUUCACCGAUGCAAGAUUAUCUAGCUAGAGAAAGGAAUUGUGAAGAUAUUGCAAUGUCUAUGGUCGUGGCCAACGCUUCUGGUACUCCUCCACUUUGGGUCAAAGGAAAGAUACAGGAGAUCGGUUCGUGGGGGACGAGUAACGGGAAAGGGAAGGAGAAGAGGAACGAAUGCCUGAACGAGUUGCUGUCGUUCUACGAGACUGUGCCUCGCCUCUCCUCAAAUGUGAAGGUCGUGAAUGCCAGGCAAGAAUGGUUCUGGUAG